AUGGGAUUUCUCUCAAACCCUCUUAACCCAUUCACUUUUCACAGAACAUGUUGUUUAAGUAGAAAGCUACAAUCUUCUUCGUGCUACUCAUCUUCCGGCAUAUGGGUCUCGAUAAAUGAGUUUCAUUCUGGCAAUUCCAAUAGAAAGAUUUUGACUUUCCGUAUGGGUAGACGGUCAUGCAAAAUUGCUGGAAGAAAGACUGCCCAAGAUGCUAAGAAGACGAAGUUGUAUUCAAAAAUUGGGAAGGAAGUCGUAUCUGCGGUCAAGAAAGGUGGAGUGAGUCCAGUGUCAAAUACAGCUCUUGCUGCGCUGUUUGAGAAAGCUAAGGAGCUUGAUGUACCUAAGGAAAUCAUAGAUUGCAACAUCAAGAGAGCUUCCGAGAAGGGACAGGAAGCUUCUAUUGAGAAAGUAUACGAGGUCUAUGGCUGUGGUGGAGUUGGCAUAAUAGUCAAGGUGUUAACGGAUAAAAUAAACAGAUCGGUGGCAGCUGUUAGAGAGAUAUCCGAUUCUUUCUGUUGCUUUGGAUGCUGGUGCGUUGAUGUCAUUGAACUCUUAGUGGAUGAAGAUGAUCCCGAGGAAGAAAUGAAUGAAAGAUGUUUUCAAAAUCGAAUAACAUUUGAACCUGACAACGGAUUUGAGCUUCUUCCUCUUACUGCGAUUGAGGUUGAUGAUGAGGCCAUGGACUUGAACAAGGAAUUGAUGUCCAAAUUACUCGAGCUCGAUGAUGUUGAUGCUGUAUAUUCGGAUCAAAAGUAA